CUGCACUACGGGACCCUGCUGGGCAGCAGAGCUUGUGCCACCAUGGCAGCAGCUGCCUGGGUCACUGGGCUUCUCUAUUCCCUGCUGCACACUAUCAAUACGUUUUCAAUACCUCUGUGCCAAGGCAAUGCUGUGGAUCAGUUCUUCUGUGAAAUCCCCCACAUCCUCAAGCUCUCCUGCUCAGAAUCUGACUAUCUUAGGGAAACUGGGAUUAUUGUUUUUAGCUUUUCUUUUGUCCUUGGGUGUUUUGCUUUCAUUCUUUUCUCCUAUGUGCAGAUCUUCAGGGCCGUGCUGAGGAUGCCCUCUGAGCAGGGACGCCACAAAGCCUUCUCCACGUGCCUCCCUCACCUGGCUGUGGUCUCCCUCUUUGUCAGCACUGUAAUGUUUGCCUAUAUGAAGCCUCCCUCCUUCUCAUCUCGAUCCCUGGAUCUGGUGGUUUCAUCGCUGUACUCAGUGGUACCUCCCACUGUUAAUCCCUGCAUCUACAGCAUGAGGAACCAAGAGCUCAAGGAUGCAGUGAAGACACUACGAAGAAUCCCACAGGGUAUCAGAAAAUUCUAG